GCUCUGUUAUCUUUGUGGUGUGAAGAUCUCGGACGGCUUCUGCUUCUGAGACACCAGAAAAACCGGAACGGGGACUCGCCCAGCAAAGGUGCAGCUCCGAUGCAUCACCAAAUGCAGAAGAACAUCCCAUCUGGGCCCCCAGGUGAUUCCUCAGUGGCAUGGCAACAGGGUGGACAGCAACCAACGCAACAGUCACUCAGUGUAGUUACAACAGUAUGGGGAGUGACGCAGACUAGUGACAGUAAUAGCCUUACCAAUAACUCAAUGCAACAAGGACCAGGUCCUUCUGCAGGCAAUAACCAGUAUUCCCAACAGCAGCACCCCUUCACUGCGGCGGCAGCCAACUCCAACAAACAGUACAAUAUGCCCAUGCCGGGCAUGGGCCCAUAUCGCAGAGAGCCUGGCCCAUACAGAGGGCCCAACGGUGGUGGCGGUUAUCCAGGUCAGACCCCAGGUCAGAUGGGACCAGGCGGACCCUGUCCUCCUCAGUCUUCUGUUCCCAACGAGUUCCCCCAGCCCGCUGCGGCAGCAGCAGCAGCAGUUGUAGCAGCAGCGGCCGCCACGGCGACUGCAACAGCAACGGCAACUGUGACAGCUCUGAAAGAGCAACAGCAACAACAGCAACAGCAGCAGCAACAGCAACAGCAGCAGCAACAGCCAAUGAAUGAUUACGGGCAGAUGAGAAUGCAGCCGGGGUUCAACAACCAGUACGGCAUGAACCAGGGCGGUGGGCCCUUCAUGAAUAAUAUGGGCAACGGCAACAAGCAAGCCAUGUACCAGCAACAGAUGAUGCAGCGCAACCCCGCGCAGCAGCAGUAUGCCCAGCAGUACAUGAAGAGGCCGUACCCUGGGCAUCCAGGCCCUAAUAACUUCAACCAGGGCAUGCCAAACCAGCAAUACGGCCCCAUGCCCCACAGCCCCAGCCCGGGGGCCAUGAAGGGGCAGUCCCCCUACCCCGGUCAGCAAUCGCCCUACCCUUCCCAGCAGCCCAUGCCUUCACCCAACUACAUGAACAUGAGGCAGAAGGUGCCCGGCAACGGCAUGAAUUACCAGGGCAACCACCAGUUCUUCCCCCGGGGGAACUUCAACGGUGGUCCCCAGGCGAUCAACCCACCGUACAACCAGCAGGCAAUGGCCAACCGAGGUAUGAACUACCAGCAUUCACCGGGUAUCCCCGGUAACCCUACGCCCCCGCUAACACCGAGCCCCAACAUCCCACCCUACAUGUCCCCCACCGGAGAUGUCAAACCCUUCCCAGGGGGUCCUCCAGAUCUGAAAUCAACCCCCAACUACGCCCCGGGUAUCAGCGAUGAGAUCCGUAUGACGUUUCCUGUCCGGGACGGCGUUGUCCUGGAACCAUUCCGGCUGGAACACAACCUGGCCGUUAGCAAUCAUGUCUUCCACCUCAGACAGUCAGUCCACCAAACGCUCAUGUGGAGAUCGGAUCUCGAGCUCCAGUUUAAGUGCUACCACCACGAAGACCGGCAGAUGCACACCAAUUGGCCCGCCUCUGUGCAGGUCAGCGUCAACGCCACGCCCCUCUCGAUAGAGCGGGGAGACAACAAGACCUCGCACAAGCCGCUCUACUUAAAGGAGGUCUGUCAGCCCGGCAGGAACACGAUACAGAUCACAGUCACGGCCUGCUGUUGUUCGCACCUCUUUGUCUUGCAACUCGUCCACAGACCGACGGUGAGAUCAGUAUUACAGGGACUGCUCAGGAAAAGACUCCUCCCUGCUGAACAUUGCAUUACCAAAAUCAAGAGAAAUUUCUCCAGUGUGGCUGCCUCCAGCGGCGGCAUCCUGAACAACGACGACGGCGUUGAGCAGACGGCCAUCAAGGUCUCCCUCAAGUGUCCCAUCACCUUCCAGCGGAUCACGCUGCCGGCCCGGGGCCACGACUGCAAGCACAUCCAGUGCUUUGACCUGGAGUCCUACCUGCAGCUCAACUGUGAGCGGGGGUCCUGGCGGUGUCCUGUCUGCAACAAAACUGCCUUGCUGGAAGGAUUGGAAGUGGAUCAGUUCAUGUGGGGCAUUCUGACGGCCGUUCCGUCGGCCGACUUUGAAGACGUCACGAUUGACGCCACGGCGAGCUGGAAACCGGUGCCCAUGAAAUGCGACAUUAAGGACGAGGAACCAGAUACCUGUGGGUCAUCGAAGCGAUUCAAGGCUAUGUCGCCAGGCAGUAUGACCAUGCCCGGCAUGCACAACUAUGACAAUAUGGGCAUGGCCCACUCCCCCUACCCAAUGGGGGGCCCGCCACCUCCAGAGUUCAAUGGACCAGGACCAGGGCAAGUCCCUGGUGGACCAAAUUACGGGAACUACAACAACUUCAACAGUCCAGUCAUGCACGGCGGUGGCGGCAACGGAAUGAAUGGACCCUCCAUGGGCCACUUUGACGACAACAUUGCCACGACGGACAUGGUGCCCGUUGAGAAACAGUAUAACCACGCACUACCACCUCAUAUGAGCCAUCCAGGUUCAAAUCAAGGUCCAUCGUCUAAUGUUAGGCAUCCGGGGCCAGCGGGGCCCCCACACCCUGGGAACAACCCCCAUCCGGGCAGUAACCCCCACCAAGGGGCUAAUCCCAACCCUGGCAACAAUUCCCAUCCAGGAAUGGCUGGUCCCCAGCCCAACGGCGGACCCCACCACAGUGGGCCUGGUACGCCAGGCAACGGGUCCACGCAACAGCAGCAGCAACAACAACCUCAGCAGCAACAGCAGAGGGUGGGGAUGCACCCGAACGUCAAUGCCAAACCACCGACGCCUGGAAUGCCGCACACGCCAGGAAUGCCCCACACGCCGGGCAUGCCCCACACGCCAGGCAUGCCCCACACCCCCGGCAUGCCCCACACGCCAGGCAUGCCCUUGACUCCCAGCAUGCCCUUGACUCCUGGCAGUGCCAUGCCGCCCACGCCGAGCACAAUGAACUCUGGGAACGGCAGCAGUGUCGGCAGCAGUAACGGUGGCAGCGGUGGGAUGCCCAACCACAUAUCCUCAACCUCACUCUCGCCCUCCACCACGCAAGGGUCACACCACAUACCCAACCAUCACUCCCCUCAUCCAGGCACCCAGGCACCCACAUCCAUGAUGAACCACAGUGGGCCGCAACAGCCCAAGACGACAACGGCCAGCAUGGCCAUGAACACUAAUAACCAUAUCCAGUCUGGUUCGGAUUUGAACUUUGACCCAGCAGCUGUGAUCGAUGGAGGGGCCGAGGGGCAGGAGGGUCUGGAUUUGUUACCAGAGAAUAUGGGUGAUGUGGACUUGCUUUCCAUUCUAGGACAAUCAGACAACACACAGAGCAACAACGAAAAUGACGAACUUCUCUCCCUCUUCGAUACAUAGGGACCACUUACGGCCCAUCUAAAAUUAAUAAUUUAAAAAAAAACUGGAGAGAAAGAACAAAAUGUCGUUUUGUGCAGGACACACAGUGCUUGGUUAUUGUGGAGAGAGGAUGCGAAAACAAAAAUCGCUGCCGUGCCAGAAUGUUCUCGAUGAAAGUCUUGGAUGUGAUGUUAUUUGAGAAAAAGGUGUCGACACUUCAUUCCACUGCUGCGUUUCCGAUACUUUGCCAUGCGAAGGAGAAACAAAUUGUUUUUUAUCUCACGACUAGAAGGCCGUGUCUGCUACUGUUGGCAAUCACGAAUUACACAUCCCAAGUGUGCCACGACUUGGCUUCGCGCUCCUUCUUGUGAGAGGUAGAGACAGCAUCGCCGACCAACAAAUUCAAGACUUGGAUUAUCAGUUGAGGACGUCAUUACCUUAUGUCUGUUAUAUGUCUGCCAUAGCAAGAUCAUCCAGGACAUCCAGGGGAACCGCUGUACCAAAGAAAACACCCCAGUACCCUACCCUGAGAAAAAUUUCCCACUUCCCCUUCUCUCUCUGUUCUCCAGGAGGUGGGGUUCAUGUCUACCUUAGCAGUAUCGCACCCAGCACAGACCCUGAUAUUGGGCUGGAGAUCCACUACAGUUGCUGCACUCAAGAUUCUGUUGCAAUGAUGGUAAGAGCAACUGUUGCUGUAGCUACGCAUCCCCGAGGUUGCCCAUGGCAACAGUUGCUCUGCCUGCUUUACUGGGGAUUCUAUACACUUGUUUGUCACACAAUAAUUUAGAAGAAAAUCGUCCAACAAAAGAUCCAAAGUAGCGCUCAAAGAAAAUUAAGAUAUCUUUUAAAAUAAUGAGCAUCCCAAUACAAUGGAGCCUAAGUAUCAACCAAAGUCACUUGCCCAACCAGAAUUCCUCUUGCCUAAAGCAAAUUUUCUGCCACGCAGUCAACUAAUCUUGGCUUUGAAGUGAUUUUUUUUGGGAGUGUCCCAUUCCAAUUCUUACAGAUUCCGUUACAAGUCAACAACAUACUUGCCACCAUUUGAGCCCCCUGUGUUUACUCACAAGCAACCAUUUCGCAAGCCUUGUGAAAUGAAAUAAGAAUGCAAAGUGCUUACUUUGAAAAGCAAUGUUGUAAUUGUUUUUGUUUUAAAUAUUCUGAAUAUCAUAUCCUUUGUGGGAGAGUACCUGUUCCUUGAAAUACCUUUUGGAAGGUUUAAUUUUAAAAAUAUAUUGUCCGAUGAAGUGUAAUUUUAAAUAAAUUAUGUUCUAACACCAAUGCAUAUCCUUUGGCUUUAGUAAUUGCCAUUUUAUUUUUGGCUAGUGGACCAAGAUAAUUUUGUUAUUUAUUUGAUGAAGGACCAGAAAUAUUUCUGGGAACAAGUGCAGGGAAAAAUAGUACCAAAAACUCCCCACAACGUCCAUUGAGUAGAAGCUAGUUUCAGUCAUACAGCCAAGAAACAAAUUUAACCGUUGGGGCUUCGCUUGGAUCACAUAUCACAAUGACCUUAUCUUGAUCAUCUGACAAGAUCAGCUGACCUGAUCACCCGGAUAGCUGAUAUCUUGUCACCUGAAUGAAUUGUCCAUGUUUUCAAUUUUGUGGUAUUUUCUUUUAAAUAAGCAACAAGCCUGUCGGGGACAAUUUAGCUUUAUUGUAUUCAACUGCAACAAGGCAAAGAAUUCUAAAAGUAACUUGUGUCUGACAAUUCUGCAGAGGGCAGCAGUUUUGGUUAAAUUAAUCUACACAAAGUAAAGAAGAAAAAUAUCAGGAAUAAAACAUUUCGGACGUUUGGAAGCCUACGCUGAUUCACUAGCUAUUGCUGAUGCACACAUUGAUGGUUCAUUGUGAACUGUGGAAAAUCAAGUCUCUUCAAACGUGAACUAUACGUGUACCCAAUUAAAUAUAAAAAACAACAACAAUAAAGUGCUUUCCCGUUUAAGUUAAUGAUUAAUAAUUCUACCGUGCUGUAUUAUUUAUGAAAGGAUGUGUGCCAGAAAUGUCAUUUUCUGGCGAGAUGCCUAAACCGUUGGUAGCUUGCUGUUUGACAUAAUGCAGGCCAAUGCAUCUCUUUUGUCUAACAAUGCGAACACUUUUUUAGGAAGCUAUUUAUGAUACAUCGAAAUUUCAGAUGUAUACGGUUAAAGUGACAAAAGGGAGUGACAGUUAGGGUGAGAAAGUGACAUCAAAAAGCAGUGAGGGAUCAAGAAGUCCGGCGUGCCAUGUGUGAAUAUCGUUUAAGCUUUACUAUUUAUAAAAAAAAAAAUUCAACAAUACAUUUUUAUAAAAUGAAACAGGUAGUAAACAUUGUUAGCAGCAUUUUACCAUGCCUUUGACGAAUAAUUGAUGUCUUUAUUCAAAUAACUAGUGGGUGUUUGACUCUGUGAUCCCCUGUUUUGGGCAUACAUACGUGUGUGUAUGAAAACCCAAUCACUGUUUUUAAGUCUAAAAUAUCAUUUGUAAUAAAGAACAAGCUUUUUUAUACAUAUACAUAUCUAUAUAAAUAUAUAUAUAUAAUGUACAUUUCCCUUUCAAUUUUUCUUCGUUGUUUUUUUUUUCUUUUUAGUUCUUAGUGUAUUAUACAGUUCAAACCCAAAGCUAUCUUUUUAAAUUUAACUUGGAUUCUAUUUAUUUUUUAUUUAAGAGUAGACGUUUUAGUUCUUUUUUUUUUUGCUGAGAACGACUCCUUGGUGCAAACAAUAAGUCAUUAAGAUGUAUGCUUGCAUUAAACAACAACAACCAAAUGUAAGACAUUUUUCAAGAUAUCAAAUAUAAUCAUUUUGUGGAAGAAGUUUUUUUUUUUUUUUUUAUUUGAGAACGGGCAUAUAUCAUAAAACAUCAGUAUGUUACUACUGUAAUAAAGAUAUCACAGGUUAUGGACUUUACACAGACGGCGGUUUCAAUUUGUACGAGAGUGAGAUGGACUGGUUCCCUCUCCCAUUCUAUUAUGAUUUGUAUGAGAAAGGGGGUGGGAGCCAGGCUUGACGCAAAAGCUCCUAUGUGUGAUGCUUGCGCUGUUUCCACUCGUUGACAUGAAUAUUCAUAGAAGGGAAGUGGCCUUUACCUAUUUUCACCACUGACAUAAGACCUGGAAGUAUUGCCAAUCGUUUUGUUCGAAUCAAGUGUCACAUAAUUUAAUACAAUUUGUUUUUAAAAUUGAAAUGAAUGCAGGGUCUUAAUUGAUUGUAAACAGUUGAUUUUUUUUAAAUUAUUUUACCAUCAUAAGUAACAAGAUUGUUGAUUAAGUUAAUUGUUUCAUUGAUUAUGGUUGUUUGUAAUGUCUCAUUUUCUCCAUUUUUAGUUUUUUUUCCAAAAAAAAGAAGAUCUGAUCAUUAAGAGCAUUCUGUUGUGAUUAGAGCUUUUCAGUAGUAUUAUCGCAUUCAUGGAAGUGACUUUUGUGUUGUACUUUUCUUUUGUAACAAAACUAUUUAAAAACAAAAAGGUCUUUCUAGUUCAGAGAGCAUUUAUGACCAGUUAUUUUGCAAAAAAAAACAAUGAAUAAUAAUAAUUUGCUUUUCGUUGUUGUACCAUGUUGGACAAAAAGGGAAGAAAUUGCUUGUGCAAUUUCGAUUCCUUGAUUUUAAUGCUAUGUACAUGUACAUAUACAAACACUUUCUGUUGUUUUUACAUAGAUUUGAUGUUAACUCAUUUGUCGUAUCUAUUUGUGGGGCUUGGGAGUACUUUAAAGGUACAUUUUCUAUCUGGAAUUUGCCCAAAUUAAGUGUUGUAUAUUGUUUACUAACCAUAUUUCAAAGUUCCGAGUCAUAUGAAACACACAUAAUGCCUUUUACAGUUACAGAGAAAAUGUUGACAAAUCCUGUUUGUUGAUGCAUUUGAAUUGUUCUUUAUUGUUGCAGUAACUUUGAAAGUUGGAGGGUCGAUGACAUUUUUUGUUUCAAUUUCUGCCAAGGCAUAUAAAGGUUGACGCAUCAAAAUGAAAUUAUAACAUGAUUUUCAAGGGGAACAAAACUGAAGUAGCCCAAUGGGUAUCUGGUAUUUUCUAGCAUCAAAUUGCUGGUAGCUGUGUUGUUUUACUUUUCUUGCUUCCAGCACUUCUUUGUCUGACCUCAUUGGAUAUUUAGUAUUCCUGUGUCCUCGUGCAAUGUUCACGAGGUUCACAACUCGUACCAAUGUGUAUAUUUUAUGUGUCUUCCCCAGUAAUGUUAAGAAGAAAAAAACAACAAAAUGCAUAUCUCUUCCAACACAGUAUGGUGGCACAAAGACCUGAAAUCUGUAUGAUCUGUUUUUUUUUUUUUGGUUGGCCUAAAGUUAUUACGCAGAGUUGUUUUCUCUCUGCAGAAAAUAUGUAUAAUGUGAUGUGUGUGUUGAAGAACAUUGCAAAAAUAACGUGAAGAUUACAUGUAUAUUGGUUUUGAAUAUUCUUCCCAUAAAAAAAUGUCUGUACUGUGGCGUCAUGUCGAUGCCUUUCUGAGAAAUCAUCACAGAGUUUUGGGAAAAGAUCUGUUCUUUGUUGGUAAUAGCAGAUCACAGGGUAAUGUGAGACACACAAACGUAUGGGUGAAGUUUUCAUGGCUACCUAGCAUAUCUGGUUGUUCUUCUGUAUCUGUAAUGGAUGAUAUCUCAAUUAACUGCGUUGUUUUAUCGUAGAUAAUUAUUCUUUUUACCCCAGGUGAGUUUUAUUGUACAGAAUGUGUAAAACCAUUAUUUAUAUGUGCAUAUUAAUGUAAAUAUUACAUAUUCAUGAGCAUCUGUGAGUGACAUGACUAUAUUUGAUAUAACAGAUGCAACCAGUUUGUUCCUUCUUUCGGUCAAUUCACUGUGUUUUUGACCAGCAUUUCCUCUUUUUUUUUCAAGCCUUGUGAAGUGGAAAAAAACCAGCCCCGUGUAGGUUGAUACCAUGAAAACAAUGAUUUCCCUCAAGUAAUUGUAAACGUAUUAAUGUUAAGUCACAUGUUCUUUGUAUUAUUUAUUGAAUCAAUUAAGUUUUUUUUUAUCUACCUUUAUUUUUUACAAAGGUGCUUUGCCCUUUUUAAGAGCACCUGAACGAAGUAUUAUGGUUGAUGAAAUCCAAAAUGUGUACAGAUUGUGGCAAACUGAGUUGUUUCCUGUACAUUUGUAGUGAAGGACUGUGCAAGUCUAGCCUCUGAGGGAUCCUUUUAGAAAUCCAUCAUAUAGAUAAUUAAGUUAAAGUUUGAUUUCACCAUUAGAGCAAUAAUUAGAUUCGCACAGUUUUACCUCCGCCAAAAAAAGAUACAGACAUAUACUGUAAUUAAGAAAAAAAAUACAAAAAAAAAAUAUUUUUUAAAAACACAUGGCGGCUCAUGAUGAUAGGUCACACAAAAAAAUGAAAUUUUUAUACGGCAAAUGAAUAUGUAAUAUAUUGGCUGAGAAGAAACAAACAAAAUGUCAACGAUUUGGGGUUUUUGAUGAAUUUUUUUUUUUGGGUCAGUGUUUUAUGCGUUCUAGAGUAGUUUUUACGAAGUAGAUGGUGCAAUUAAUGUGUAUGAAUGUGUACCAAUGCUAAUUGGUGCAUGCUUUAGGCAAUAUCAUACUUCCUGUGUACAAAACGAAAAGCAGAAACGAGGAUGAAUUUGUUUUUUUCCCUCUUUGUAGAGUCAUUGUAUAACCUAGCUCCAUUACUGAGAGAGAGUAGUGAUGAUGCACUGUACAUACGACAACGGAAAAACGAAACAAUGUGUAGCAAUCUACAUUGUAGUUUGAGAGAUGGACAAACAAAAUAUGAGUAAUUAUUACAAUCCCAUAAAUUGUCAUUGAUAAUAUUUAUCUAAUUAAAACAAAGUCCAUGAAAGAGCAAAAAACGAA